AGUGAAAUUACGGAAGGAAGGAAGGAAGGAGAACUGUUUUGGAGGGAUACAUGGACCAAAGAGGGCACUCCCACUGGCAAACCAUGGACCCAGCAGUGUGGCGAAGGGUCCUAGAGCAGAGAAGAUACCGGGACUCUAAGGCUUCAUCUGUGACCCAAAUUGGCGAUGGUGGAGGAUGAUAUGUUUUUCCAGAACGCCUACAACGUUUGCCAAUAUCUUAAGCUCCGAGUUGAACAGCCAUCCAGAUGGGGUAGCUGUUCCCUAUGGGCAAGACGGAGGAGUGGCGCCCCCCCCUGCAGGCGGCGUGAACGGUGGGGCUGAGCCAUGGCCAGCUUUCUGCAGCUCCUGCUGGCCUGGUUGGGAGGUUGUGGCUGUGCGGGCCGCCUGGUGCCCCCCAGUGACAGGUUCCAGGGGUCCAAGGCUGGAUUCUUCCGCGGAAACGCAUCUCAGCGCUGGGAACGGCCGCUGCUCAGGUCCCGCCGCAGCUGGGUCUGGAACCAGUUCUUUGUCAUCGAGGAGUACGCGGGACCGGAACCUGUCCUCAUUGGGAGGCUUCACACAGACGUUGACCAUGGCGAGGGCCGUAUCAAAUACGUGCUGACCGGAGAAGGGGCGGGCACCGUCUUUGUGAUUGAUGAGAAGACAGGGAACAUCCAUGUCACCAAAACGUUGGACCGGGAGGAGAAAGCCCAGUAUACUUUACUGGCUCAGGCCGUGGACCGGGCAUCAAAUCGACCCCUGGAGCCACCCUCGGAAUUCAUUAUCAAAGUCCAAGACAUCAACGACAAUCCGCCGGUCUUCUUGCAAGGCCCCUACCAUGCCACUGUGCCCGAGAUGAGCAACGUGGGUACAUCUGUGAUCCAGGUAACGGCCCAUGAUGCAGAUGACCCGGCCUAUGGAAACAGCGCCAAGCUGGUCUAUACGGUACUCGAGGGGUUGCCGUUCUUCUCCGUCGACCCCCAGACGGGUGUGAUCCGGACAGCAACCCCCAACAUGGACCGGGAAACACAACAGGAAUUCCUCGUCGUGGUCCAGGCCAAGGACAUGGGGGGCCAUGCUGGGGGGCUGUCAGGCAGUACAACCGUCACCGUCACACUCAGCGAUGUCAACGACAACCCACCCCGCUUCCCACAGAGCUCCUACCAAUUUUCUGUGGUGGAGACAGCACCUCCUGGCUCUGCAGUGGGGCGGUUGCGGGCACACGACCCCGAUGAAGGGGAGAACGCACUGCUAGCCUAUAGCAUCCUCGAUGGAGGGGACGGAGCCGAGGUCUUCGCCAUUCACACGGAUGCCCUGGGGCAAGAUGGAAUCAUCACUGUACGAAAGCCCCUCGAUUUUGAGUCCCGCCGCUCUUACACCAUCCGAGUGGAAGCCACCAACACGCUCAUCGACCCCCAGUACAUCCGCAAGGGCCCCUUCAAGGACGUGGCCACCGUCCGUAUCACGGUGGAAGAUGCCGAUGAACCGCCAGCCUUCUCCCGCCCCGAAUAUCGUCUUGCUGUCUAUGAAAACAGCCCCCCGGGGACCCUCGUGGGCAAGGUGACCGCUGUGGACCUUGAUUCCCCCAGCAGUGUCAUCCGAUACUCCAUCCUGCCGCACACGGAUCCUGAGCGCUAUUUCAGUAUCAACCCUCAGGAUGGGACGAUUCUGACCUCAGUGCCUCUUGACCGGGAAGUGUUGCCCUGGCAUAACAUGACUGUGGUAGCAACGGAAUUCGACAGCCCUACGCAGGCCUCCCAUGUCCAAGUGGCCAUCCAGAUCCUGGACGUGAAUGACAACCCACCCCAACUGCAGCACAGCUAUGAGGCCUUUGUCUGCGACAAUGCUGCUCCUGGCCAUCUAAUCCAACUGAUCCGGGCAGUGGAUCGAGACGAAGACGGCAACAUGAGCCACAUCAUCAUCCGCUCCCCGCUUGGGGUCAGGGAACCCAACGUCACUGUGCGAGACAACAAGGAUAACUCUGCCUCUUUGCUACUCCGCGCUGCCCGUCUGCCUGCACAAGGAGGAGCCCUGCUGGUGCCUCUGGAGCUAGUGGAUGGCGGGUCCCCCACCCGCACGGGGUCCCCGACUCUGACGAUGAGCAUCUGCCGGUGUCGGCGUGACGGCGCCAUGCACUCCUGUGGGCCUGAAGCCCUGGGCUCUCCUGCCGGGCUCAGCACGGGCGCUCUGCUUGCCAUCCUGGCCUGUGUCGGCACGCUGCUUGCGCUGGUCCUGUUGUUUGUCGCCCUCCGGAAGCAAAAGCAGGCUGCCUUGCUGCCCUUUGAGGAAGAGGAUGUACGUGAGAACAUCAUCACCUAUGAUGAUGAAGGUGGGGGAGAAGAAGACACGGAGGCCUUCGACAUGGCCGCCCUGCAGAACCCCGAUGCUGCGCCUCCACCGCUGCAGCAGCGGCGGCUUCUCCGGCGGGACGUGCUUCCCCGACUCCAUUUCCCGCCCGCCUUGCCUAGCCGCGUGCCCCCACAGCCCCACGACGUGGCCAGCUUUUUGGCAGCCCGGCUGAGCGAGGUAGACACCGACCCCUCUGUCCCCCCCUACGACUCCAUCCAGGUAUAUGGCUACGAGGGGCAGGGAUCUUCCGCCGGCUCGCUCAGCUCUCCCGGCUCCUCGUGUGCCGGCGACAGCGACGCGGGCGGAUACGAAUACCUGGAAGAAUGGGGGCCACUCUUCCGGACACUGGCUGAGCUCUAUGGUGCCCCUGAAGGGCCACCCCCCACCUGAGAGACGCCAUCCGAGAGGGUGCCCCGUUGUUCCUCUCAGUCCUUUUUGUGUGGCUUGUUCUUUUCUCCCUUUUGGUUCACUGACUUCCUCGUUCUCAGUUCAACUUGUCUUUUGGGUCGCUCUUCCCCCCCUCCUUCUCUCUUUCUUAGCUUUUUGUUUCAGCCACACUCCUUCUUGUGUCUCUACCUACAGUUGUUUUGCUGUGUCUUUCAGACACUCGCUUCUUCCAUCUUUCCUUUAAAUUACUUCGGUUGUAUUUUCUCUUUUUCUUCCUUCCUUCCCAUUCACUUUGCACUUUCCCUUUAUGUCUGACUUGCUUUGCUCCAUCCACCCUCUCAGACUCCCUGCAUUCUUUUCAGUGAUAUUACCUCCUCAUUCAUCCAGCCUUUUGUGAGUUUUCUCUCUCUCUCUCUGUGUCAUUCGCAUUCAUAGAUGGGUUCUCCCCCCCUCCCUUUCCCCCCCAUUUUGCCCUACUGGUGAUGUGUUUAUUAUGUCCGUUUUUCUUUCUUUCUCCUGCUCCCGUAUAAAAUAUUCUAUGCAUUCAUUCUCUCCCAGAAUCCUUUGGUGCCAAACUCCCUCCCUUCCCGGACCCUAACAAUUCAGUCUUGCCAGCAUGGAUUUACCUCUCAUUCAACUUGCAGCCCCCGAGCCUCGACAGCGGAACCCAUCAGCCAGGGCACACAGGCUCC